AUAUCUUUUUAGUUUUUAUAUAUGUAUUUAGUGUACUAAUAUUUCUGAAAAUGCCAACUCCAGUUCAACUUUCAGCUGUUGAACGUAAAUUAAAGCAAAAAAAUGGUUCAGCUACUGUAAAAAGAUCAAAGUCAUUCAAUUCUACUAGUGCACCAACUUCACCUAAUGCUGUAAAAAAAACAAAACAACCUUCUAUUGAACCGAAGUAUACUAAAUCAACUUAUUUGCUUUUUGAAGCAAAGCGUCUUGCCAAAGAGUUGGAAGAAAGGAAAAAAAAUGGAGUUGUUAAGACAUUGUCAAGACCAUUUUUAUCUAAAAUUCAUCGAAAUCGCAGCAACUCAAACUGCUCUUCUAUAUCUUCUGAAACUUCAGAACCAGCACGUUGUGCAAAAAAAAAUUCUUGUGAUAAUUUGCAACUUCCAUUAGCAGACAUAGAUUCUAGUUCAUUCUCAUCUUCACGAAACAAGCGUAAAAAUUUAGUUGCUUUACCUCAAAACAACAAAAUGUGUGCUGAAUGCCAAGAACCUUUAAUUUCUGGAUCUUACUCAGAGCAUCAAGGGUAUGUUUACUGCAAUGUUCCCUGUUAUACAAGCUUGUUUAGCACAAUGGUUUCGAAAGAAAAUGACUCAUGUUCAUCAUUGUCUAGAGAUCAGAAACUGUUAAGAGCAAGUUUAAUUCCAAAGCUUCGUACAUAUAACUCAUAUUAUGCUGGAACGCCUUGUCAAAUUUGUUGCAAAGAAAUAAAUGACAAGUUUGUUUUAGAAGGUGUCUUAAAAGUGUAUUGGGGAUUAAAAUCUGCAGUGACAUUAGAUAAUAAAAUUCCACAACCACAUUAUUGGAAACAUUUGUCAAAUGAAUAUGCUGACGAAAAUAAUGAAAAUGACUAUCUGAAUGUUGAUGAUAAAAAAUUAAAAAUGGCCUCAGCUGGCAUUCGACCAUCUAAAAAUGAUAUAUCAUCCCGUUAUGCAUACAAAAGAAAACCAUGUAGUGAAAAUUCUUCAAAAAAGCGUAUUGGAUGUUCAGUUUGUAAUGGUGCUUGCAGAGAAAUUGAGAAGUGUUCGUCAUUCAUUCCGCCAUAUGGAACACCUACAACAUUACGUAUUACAAAUCAUGUGAGAGCCCCUCAACUUAUUGAUAUGCUAUUUAAAAAGUUUCAGAUUACUGAUGAACGUAAAAAAUAUACGUUAUUCACAUUAUUUGAAAGCGGAGGACAACGCAGAAUAACACCUGAUGCUUAUCCUCUAUUAACAAGGUUACACUUGGGACCAUGUGAAGAUGUUGCAAAAAUAUUUAUAAUGGAAUCAGCUGAUCAAACAGAUAUUCCACUUGAGGUUGCACAAUACAUUAAUUUUUCGAAUCAAGUUCUCGAUACAUUUAUAAAAAAGUUUUACGAAGAAGAAGAAAGAGAAGUUUAUAAAAUUAAAGAGAAAUACGAGGAAUAUAGGUCAUUAUUAAUUAAACGCUUAUCUGAAUUUAAAAAGAACAAUGUACAAGAUUUUGAAGAAUGACGGGAUGAAUAAAAUCAUGCCUAACCAAAAACGAAAAAUAUCAUAUGUUUUAUAAAAUAUCUCAUUAGUUUUAUAAAUGAAAAGUUUUUUACGACUUCUUUUAUUAGCAUGAACUUUUUACGUCUAUAUAGGUAGUCACCAGACAACCUUUUUGUAGUGCGACUAUAAAAAAUUUGGGAUCAUUAAUAUAUCAUUAAUAGAUCGAUUUCUAUCAAUUUUAUAUAAAGACAGCUUAAUAUAUUUUUAUUUAGCUGACGGAUUUUUUAAAUAGGAAAAUUACGUGUUUAAUAUAUUUAUGUUUGAUUUAUAUUUAUAUUGAAAGAAGCGAUGCGAUUUCGUUAAGUUUGUAAUUGGUCUUAACUGAUUGCUGCUACCUGACCACCUUUUCAGUGAUUUAUGAUUGGUCUGUUUAUUAUCUAAACACGCUAAUAUAAAACUAUUUAAUAUAAAACGAUGAAAUUGUUGAUAUGAAAGGUAUAUGCAUGAUAUGUGCGCAGAUAAUGUCUAUUUUUAUAUGCGUUGUAUAUAUACUUGUUUAAUACAGUUUUUGCUUCAUACCCUUUACAUAUUGGUAGAAUGUUUAGUUUAACUUUUACCAAUUGGUUUUGUGUUUCUAAUAGAAAAAGAAAUCAACCUUUUUUUUUUCUUCUGUGUAAAUGAAUACCUUUGUAAAAUUGCUGAUGCCAUUGUGAUGUUUUAAUAUAUAAAUUGUUGAUUAAAUUGUAAUUUUUUAUUUUAUUUUUAUACUAUACGUUGCUUGGUUACAGCUAUUGUAUUGAAUUGUAAAGUGUUUUUUUA